CAGUCAGUUGGUAAUAAAACAGUUUCAACUUAACCAAAGGUCUUAGACUCGAGACCUUGAAUAAAAAACAUCAUUUGAAAGAAAGCUUAUUAGCUAAGAUAAUUAAGAUCUCAAAAAAAAAAAAAAAAAAAAAAAAAAACAUCUCAUUUACACCAUCGUCCUUUAUAGAUCGGACAUUUUUAGAUAAACUAGUUAAAAAAUUCACUUAAAAUUAUCGGGUUCGGCCCAUCCUUUUAUAAGGAUUCAUGAACUAUCGUUUGGAUACUUCGACCCAUAAGGCCAUACCCAAUUAUCCACCCAAUGUCCAAACUCCAAAGGAUUACAAAACAAGUCAAAAAUCCCAUCAUCUCCUCAAUCUCUCACCACAAGAGACACAAUACCAGAAAUAAAACACAUACACAAAACUGUUUAAACAGCUUUUGGGAGUGUGGAACCAAUUUUACUCGAUCAAAUUAUUCACUCUUCCCAAAAGCUUCAACACCCUAAUCCCUCCUUCAUUUUUCAUAAUAAUUUCCGGGUUUUUAAUUUUCAUUUUUUGGGGAAGCUUUGAAAAUGGCUACAAAAGCUCCACCAAUCACAGGUUUACGCCUAGCUGCCUCCGCGCCAUCUACAACAAGCGCUGCUUCUCACAGGCUUUCUGUUGUUAGAGUUUCUUUGAGGUCUUCCUUUUUUGGUAACAAUGUUGGAGCUUUGAGAUUGAGUGGAGUUCAAUUACUACAUUCCAAUAAGUCUAGGUGUAACGGCCUCGGUGGAGGUUCUCUUGGUUCACAAAUGAACCUCUUUGAUCGAUUUGCUAGAGUUGUCAAGUCAUAUGCAAACUCAAUUCUAAGCAGUUUUGAGGAUCCCGAGAAAAUUCUUGAACAAACUGUUCUUGAGAUGAAUGAAGAUUUGACGAAAAUGCGCCAGUCAACAGCGCAGGUAUUGGCAUCUCAAAAGCAACUGGAAAAUAAGUGUAAAGCCGCACAGCAAGCUUCAGAAGAUUGGUAUAAAAGAGCACAACUUGCUCUGAGCAAAGGGGAUGAAGACCUUGCUCGUGAAGCUUUGAAGAGGCGGAAAUCUUAUGCUGAUAAUGCUAGUGCUUUGAGGGCUCAGCUUGAUCAGCAAAAGAAUGUUGUUGAAUCGCUUGUCUCGAAUACUAAGCUCUUGGAAAGCAAAAUACAGGAGGCAAAGUCAAAGAAAGACACGCUCAAAGCACGUGCUCAAUCUGCAAGGACUGCUACUAAAGUAAGUGAGAUGGUGGGAAAAGUGAAUACAAGCGGUGCUCUUGCUGCUUUUGAGAAAAUGGAAGAAAAAGUAAUGGCUAUGGAAUCAGAAGCCGAUGCACUUAAUCAGUUAACCACUGAUGAUCUUGAAGGAAAGUUCGCGUUACUGGAAGGCACUUCUGUUGAUGAGGACUUAGCUAGCUUGAAGAAUGAAUUGUCCGGGAGCUCAAAGAAAGGAGAACUACCUCCAGGGAGAACAGCGGUUGCCAAAUCACCCUUUAGAGAUAUGGAAAUCGAGUCAGAGCUGAAUGAGCUCCGAAGAAGAGCCAGCGAUUAUUAGAUAUUGAUUUAUAGUUUCCAUCAUUUUCCCCGUGUAAAUUAUUUCUUAAUCUAAACCAAAUCACGGUUUUUUGUAAUUCUCGCACAUUGUUAAGCUUACAAAUUAGGAAGAGAUGCAAUUUACUAUACAAGCUUGUGAAAUUCAAGUAAUCAUUGACCUUUGUAAAUGCAAAAGUAUUCCCGGUGCUUUUCAUGUACCCUCAUCUUUGUUUAUCAAGGUUAUAAUAAACUUGUAUCUUCAUGUA